CUCGCCUGAUCACUCACUCAUUCACCAAGACGCCAAGAGAGAUGCGGACCCAUCAGUCAGCCAUCACCAUGGGAUACGAGGCGUGGGAUGAGCCGAGUCGUGCGGUUCAAUGGACAUGAAACCUCGAUGCCCAGUGGCCACGCACGUGAAGCGGGGUGCCCUGAUGUACGUCUGACUGUAGCUUCGGCCCUGCAUAACGUUCGCGGAAUUUGGGAAUCUCCAUGUGACAAGCCUCCUUCUGGGACUGCACUAUAUGAAUGAAUCCUCCCUCGCACAUGUCCCUCCUGGCUGUGGUCCAUCUCUUGGGUCAAGCCCCGACUGCAAACCACAUCAUUCACCUCCCUGUACCCCCACUACCCAUCAGCCCCAGAUGGCAGCCAACGGAGUCAACGGCCAUGGCGAUUUGCCUGCCCUUCAUACUACUCCAGAAGACUUCCUCAAGCAUGACUACGACUUUAUCAUCAUUGGAGGAGGCACCGCAGGAUUAGUGGUCGCUGCUCGAUUGACCGAGAAUGAAGACCUCAAAGUUGGUGUGCUCGAAGCCGGGACCUGCAAGUUGGGGGAUAUGCUCGUCGACUCGCCCGUCAUGUUCAUGCAGACCUUCAAUAACCCAGACUAUGACUGGGGAUUCAUGACCGAGCCACAAACGGCAAACAAAGGCCGACGACACCACAUUCCUCGCGGUAAAGCACUGGGUGGAUCUUCCGCAAUCAACUACAUGAUGUACGUCCGUGGCUCGAAGCAAGACUACGACGACUGGGCCAUCAUUGCAGAGGAUGAGGGAUGGGGUGCCGACGAGAUGAUGAAAUACAUGCGCAAGCACCAGACUCUCGAGCCCAUUGACGACAGCGUGACUGAACGUUCUACAUACCCCUUUGUGGGCGAGCACCACGGCACUUCGGGGCCCGCGAGGACCUCGUUCAAUGACUGGCGAUUGCCCAUCGAGGACGACUUCAUCAAGGCGUGUGACGAUGCUUGUGGAUUGGACAAGAAGCCUGUAGACCCAUGGAGUGGCGAUCACAUCGGUUUCUACAACACUCUCGGCCUUGUUGCUCGCAGCGGGCCUAACAAGGGCCUCCGAUCCUACGCUGCACGAGGAUACUUUGCUGCCAACGCCCACCGACCGAAUCUGCACGUGUUGACUUCUGCAAUGGUGCAGCGAAUCGAGCUCGAUGGCAAUACCGCCACUGGAGUCACAUUUACGCACGGCGGGAAUACACACACGGUCGCAGCGAAGAAAGAGGUACUCGUUGCGGGAGGUGCCAUUCAGUCACCACAGAUUCUCGAGCUGUCGGGUAUUGGUGACCCUGAAAUCCUCCGUGCGGCCGGCGUAGAGCCUCUGAUUGAGAACCGAGCUGUCGGCGCCAACUUCCAAGACCACGUCCUCACUGUAGGCUGCUGGGAAGUCAAGCCGGGCAACAUGACGCUCGAAUCCAUUCACAACCCGGCCGUGAUGGAAGCCGCACAAAAGCAACUCGCCGAGACGGGCGGCGGUCCCCUCACCAGCAUCUGCUCCAUGCAAGGCUUCUUCCCCUACAAGCAAUUUGCCACGGCCGAAGAACUCUCCACCGUCAUCAAAAACAUCCAAGCCGAACUCCCCCACCUCACCCCUUACCAGCGCAAACAAUACGAACGCACCAUCGCCCACCUCCAAGACGACGCCUCGGCCAACCUCCAACUCGUCCUCGUCCCCAACCACUACGGCAUGGAACAAGGCAUCGAAGACCAAUCCCGCGUCUUCCCUCCCCCCGCCGACCCCAUCAACGACCCCCAAGCCAUCUCCGCCGCCAUGUGCCUCCAAUACCCUCUGAGCCGAGGCACAGUCCACAUCAAAACCUCCCUCGCAACCGACCAUCCCGCCGUCGACCCGGCCUUUCUCAAAAACGAAUCCGACGUCGACGUGCUCGCCGCAGGACUCAAAAUGCUCGGCCACGUCGAAAAUUCUCCUCAUUUGCGCGAUAAAAUUUCUCAACGCCUUUAUCCUCGUCCUGGAGCAGAUAUGUUUUCUACAGAAGAGAUGAAAGAUGCGGUGAGAGAGAUUUGUAUGUCGGAAUAUCAUGCGUGUGGAUCGGUGGCGAUGGGGGAUGCGACGGAUACGAAAUUGGUGGUUAAAGGGACGAGGAAUGUGAGAUGUGUGGAUGCUUCGAUUUUUCCGAAUCAUGUUUCGGGGAAUAUUGUUUCGAGUGUUUAUGCUGUUGCGGAGAAGGCGGCGGAUUUGAUUAAGGAGGAUUGGUUGUAUGGGGGGUUGAAGGGGGUUGUUGCUGCUGCUGCUGCUUGAGAGAGAUGUUUAAUUUUAUCGUGAUUGGACUAGUGGAUUUGUUGAAUUUCUGUCGAUAUAUUCUCUUCUUCCUCCAACUACAGAUUCUCAUCGCUUCCUCUCUCUUUUCAAGUCGUAUACAAAUACCCCGGCACACAAUCCCCCAACUCCUCAAUUUCCUCCUCCGUCUUCCCACGCACCCAAAAAUCCCUCUCCCCAGCCCUCCUCUUCCCAUUCUCCCUCUCCAAUCCCCAAUGCGUCAGCACACUCCCGCCCAACAAAAACACCACCAAAUACGCCAACACCACCCCAUGCCCUUCCAAAAACCUCGGCCCACUACUCUGCGGAAAAAUAUUCGAAGAGACAAUUCCAUUUAAAUUUCCCCAUCCGAUAAAAACUCCCAUGGUGACUCCUCGUUUAUAACUUCCCGCGAAAUUAUUCGAUCCCCAUGCAAUGGUGUUGGGUACACACGGGUAAAUUCCCAUGGCGGCGAGAAAUACUCCGGCGUAUUGUACGUUGGGGUUGGAGCUGCCGAGGAGCAUGGAGAAGCCUGCGAUGGCGAGGAAUGAGAUGUAAAUAUUUGCGAGACCGCGUUUGCGCGUGUGGUCGGCGUACCAGCCGACGAGGACGGUGAGGAGGGCUGCGGCGGCGUAAGGGGGAACGCUGAGGAGAUUGGUGAGAGUGGUGCUUCCGGAUUUGACGAAGCCGCUUUCGCGGAUGAUGGUGGGGAGGAAGAGACUGAAGGCGUACAAGGGCAUGUCGCAGCCCAUGUAGAUGAUGCAGUAGGCCCAAGUUUUCCAGUCGCGGAGGGAUUGCCAGAAGUAUUUGAGUUGGAAUUUCUCCUCUUGUGCUGCCCUGCUACUCUGUGGGUUGUCGGCGCGUAGGCGGACGAGGACGCGUUGACGAUCGGUGGGGGAGAGAAAGGUGGCUUCGGUGGGGAAGUCGUGGACCAUCCAGUAACUGGCGAUGCCGAUGAGGAUGGUUGCUAGGCCUUCGAGGAUGAAGAUCCAAGCCCAACCCGCCUUCCCACCAACACCUCUCAUCUGUAUAAUCGCCGCAGCCAACAACCCUCCAAACGAACCCGCCAACGCGGCCGCCGAAAAAAACACAGCAGCCCGAAUCCCAAAUUCCGACCUCUUAUACCAACAACUCAAAUAAUAAUUCACUCCCGGAAACAAUCCCGCCUCAAACAUUCCCAAGAAAAAUCUCGCAGCCGCUAACCCCGAAAAAUCGUGUACGAGUCCCAUACACACCAUACAAAUUCCCCACAAUAACAUGAUGAGGGGUAAAAAAAUGCUGGGGCGGAGUCUUUUGAGGAGGACGUUGGUGAGGGGUUCGAAGAGGGCGUAGGAGAUGAAGAAGAUGGAGAGGGAGGCUUGGUAUUGGUUUUGGGACAUGUGCAAGUCGGUGAGGAGGCCGUCGAUUUUGGCGUUGCCGAUGUUGGUGCGGUCGAGGAAGGAGAUGAGGUAGAGGAGGGUGAGCCAGGGGAUGAGGUGGAGGUCGAGUUUACGGAGGAGUUUUUUGUCAAUUGCUGCUCGCUCCUCAUCGCUUUUGCCUGCAUCCGGGUCUGUAAUGUCUGGCACAUGGCGAGUGGCGUCGAUGUUCU